AUGUCUAAUGAAACCAAAGAUCUCUACAACUACCAAUACCCUUCAUCAUUCUCUUUGUACGAAAUGAUGAAUCUUCCUAACAAUUCUUAUGCAAACAUUUCAUCAUCACACAAUGGUUUUGAUCCAUCUUCUAACUACUCUUUCACUGAUUGCCUCCAAAGUUCUCCAAGAGAUUAUGAAUCUCUACUUCAGAAAACUUUCGGUCUUUCUCCUUCUUCCUCAGAGGUUUUCAACUCUUCGAUCGAUCAAGAACCGAACCGUGAUGUUACUAAUGACGUCAUCAAUGGGGGUGCAAGCACCGAGACUGCAACUAGGGUUUCUGCAUCUUCUUCCUCUAGUGAAGCUGAUCAUCCCGGCGAAGAUUCCGGUAAGAGCCGUAGAAAAAGAGAGUUAGUAGUCGGAGAUGGAGGUGAAGAAGAUCAAAGUACCAAAAAAGUUGGGAAAACGAAAAAAAAUGAGGAGAAGAAACAAAGAGAGCCACGAGUCUCUUUUAUGACUAAAAGUGAAGUUGAUCAUCUUGAAGAUGGUUAUAGAUGGAGAAAAUACGGCCAAAAGGCUGUUAAAAAUAGCCCUUAUCCAAGGAGUUACUAUAGAUGUACAACACAAAGGUGCAACGUGAAAAAACGUGUGGAGAGAUCGUUCCAAGAUCCAACGGUUGUGAUUACAACUUAUGAAGGUCAACACAACCAUCCAAUUCCGACUAAUCUCCGGGGAAGUUCCGCCGCGGCUGCUAUGUUUUCCGGCGACUUCAUGACUCCGAGAAGUUUUGCACAUGAGAUGUUUCGGACGUCGGCUUAUACUAGCGGCGGUGCUGCGGUGGCGGCGGCUUUGGAUCAUGGAUAUGGACAAAGUGAGUAUGGCAGUGUGAAUGCAAACCCUAAUUCUCAUCAAGAAUAUCAUCAUGGAGGUGAAUAUGAGCUCUUGAGGGAGAUCUUUCCUUCAAUUUUCUUCAAGCAAGAGCUUUGA